CAAUGUUUUGAGGAAACAAAUAAUUUUCACGUAACUUUUGUUUGAAGUCAAGGCAAAUUAUAAAAAAAGUAUCAAAAACACUUCAAUUAUUUUUCUUCUGAUAGAACACAGAGCACUUUAGUAAUGAGCAAGAUCUUAUUUUCAAAAUGGUCCCAGGUUUCAUUUUUGACCUCUGAAUUUUCGAAAUUUGCAAAACUUACAGAUUAGCUUGAAAGUAUACGCUCGUGUAGUACCACUAGAUAAUGUGUUACCGAAUUUAUUCCAUUCUUUCGAAAAGAUGACACCACAAAAUCCGAGCACUUGGGUUUAUUUUAUCUUAUCGACAGCAAGGUAAGUGUGUAUUCACGCCCGUGAAUCUGCGGCGGUUUGAUAUAAAUUCAACGUCAUUCCGGAUGACAAGCAGUGCUGUGAGACAGAGUAGCAGGUAACCAUCUCAUUCCAUUUCCUAACUUGUGGAGAAAUUACAUCUACCAACGCGCGUAAAAAUGUCCUUAAAAGACGUCGUCUUUUACAAUGGUCAGAAGAUGCCCAUCGUAGGUCUGGGCACUUGGCAGUCCAGUGUUGAGGAGGUAGUUGGAGCUGUGGAUGCAGCAUUGGAGGCAGGUUACCGACACAUCGACACAGCUUAUAUGUACCAGAAUGAGGCUGCUAUCGGAAAAGCUCUAAAGAAAUGGCUUGACUCUGGUCGCCUCAAAAGAGAAGAUCUUUUCAUUGUUACAAAGCUCCCAGUAGUUGGAAAUAGGAAAGAAUCUGUGGAAAAGUAUCUGAAACGAUCACUUGCUGCUUUGCAACUUGAUUAUGUUGAUUUAUAUUUGAUACAUCAUCCAGUUGGCUUGUUGGAAAGAGGAGAAGAACUUUGGCCCACUGAUGCUUCAGGAAAAUUUCUUCAUGACAAAAACACUGACCAUGUUAGUUUAUGGAAGGGAAUGGAAGCUCAAGUAGAUGCUGGCCGAGCUCGAAGUAUUGGUCUAUCCAAUUUCAAUUCAAGCCAGAUAAAACGUAUUGUUAAGUCAGCUCGUAUUCAACCAGCUAAUCUCCAGGUUGAACUCCAAUUAUACUUUCAGCAAAGGGAAUUAGCAGCAUUCUGCAAUGCACUUGACAUAACAGUUUGUGCUUAUUCACCCAUUGGUUCUCCUGGAUCUGCUGAAUUUGUUAAAAAGUUGGCAAAGGAUUCAGACAGUGUUCCUAACCUGAAGCCUCUGACUGAUCCUGUUGUUGAAAAGAUAGCAAAAAAACACAAAAAGACUGCUGCCCAAGUUCUCUUGCGUCAUAUUAUGCAGAAAGGGAUUGUUGUGAUUCCCAAAAGUAUAAAUCCAGCUCGCAUCAAGCAGAAUUUUGAUGUGUUUGAUUUUGAACUCAGUGCAGAAGAAAUGCAGGAGCUGAAUGCAUUAGAUCGGGGCAAAGCUGGUCGUAUGUUUGACAACAGGACUCUUGGAACAAUGUUUGCUGAUCAUCCAGAAGAACCUUAUAGUGCUGAUUACUAAAUUAGUUAUUUGAAUAAGAAAAGAAAGCAAGAAGAAGAAAAAAUAAAGUAAAAACAACUGAUAAUAAUUGUUAAUUGUUUUGAUUUUACAGUAACAACUUGGAUUUAAACUAAGCUUGUUUAAUGACAUCAAGACUUUAAGAAGUGAAUAAAUAAUUUCCAGUUAAUCCAACCUCUAUCAACUGUAUCAUAUAAUAAUUUAGGCCAGUUUUGAAGACAGGGUCAAAAGAUAAAUAAGAAACCACUAUUUAUAACAAGGGGUAAUUGUGGGAAUGGAAGUCACACUAAAAAUUGUAGAAUUUUUACUUUGUCCAAUUUGUUGGAGAAUUUCUUUUUAUGGAAAUAUAUGUUAUUCAGUUC